CGGGUCACGUGGUGCUGCGCGCGGGGCGGGCGGGGCCGGCGCCGCCAUAUUGGGGAGCGGGGCCGCCGGGAGGCGGAGCGGUCGCAGCUUGUUCAAAAGUCUGGGAAAUAGAAGAAUCCAUAACUGAAAUACCAAGACUCUAGGCUAAGGUGGAGGUGCAGCAGAGAGCUCCUGCCCUUUGAGUCCGAGUGAGUUCUUCGUCUUCUUGCAGACUAAUUACUCUUUGGACUUGAUGAACAUAAACUCCUGAGCUUGCUGCUGAACUCCCCAGCCCCUCUGCUUUCCACCAUGGACCAGGAUUAUGAGAGGCGCCUCCUACGCCAAAUCAACAUACAGAAUGAAAACACAAUGCCUUGCGUAGCAGAGAUGAGAAGAACCCUGACACCUUCCAAUUCUCCGAUGUCUUCUCCGAGUAAGCAUGGCGACAGAUUCAUUCCCUCAAGAGCUGGGGCCAACUGGAGCAUCAACUUCCACAGAAUAAAUGAAAAUGAAAAAUCACCAAGUCAAAACAGAAAAGCAAAGGAUGCUACAUCAGACAAUGGCAAAGAUGGCCUUGCUUACUCUGCCUUGCUGAAGAACGAACUCUUAGGAGCAGGGAUUGAGAAAGUGCAGGACCCACAGACAGAAGACAGGAGGCUGCAGCCGUCCACCCCAGAGAAGAAGUCUCUCUUCACUUAUUCGCUCAGCACAAAACGCUCCAGUCCAGAUGAUGGCAACGAGGUCUCACCGUAUUCCCUGUCUCCUGUCAGCAACAAAAGUCAGAAGCUACUACGGUCACCUCGAAAACCGACUCGGAAAAUCUCCAAGAUUCCUUUCAAAGUGCUGGAUGCCCCAGAGCUGCAGGACGAUUUCUACCUGAACCUGGUGGACUGGUCCUCUCUUAACGUCCUCAGCGUUGGCCUUGGGACUUGUGUUUACCUGUGGAGCGCUUGCACCAGCCAGGUAACCCGACUGUGUGAUCUCUCUGUGGAAGGAGAUUCAGUAACAUCUGUGGGCUGGUCAGAACGGGGGAACUUGGUAGCCGUUGGCACUCACAAGGGCUUUGUACAGAUCUGGGAUGCAGCUGCAGGAAAAAAGCUCUCCAUGCUAGAGGGGCACACGGCCAGAGUCGGUGCCUUGGCAUGGAACGCAGACCAGCUGUCUUCUGGGAGCCGAGACAGGAUGAUCCUCCAGAGAGACAUCCGCACCCCGCCCCUGCAGUCUGAGCGGCGGCUCCAGGGCCACAGGCAGGAGGUCUGUGGGCUCAAAUGGUCUACGGACCACCAGCUCCUGGCCUCCGGAGGAAACGAUAAUAAGCUCCUUGUCUGGAACCACUCCAGUCUGAGUCCCGUCCAACAAUACACAGAGCAUCUUGCAGCAGUAAAAGCUAUCGCCUGGUCUCCACACCAGCAUGGGCUCCUUGCCUCUGGUGGUGGGACAGCCGACCGCUGCAUACGCUUCUGGAACACGCUCACCGGGCAGCCUUUGCAGUGCAUUGACACCGGGUCACAAGUGUGCAACCUGGCCUGGUCGAAACAUGCCAAUGAGCUGGUGAGUACCCAUGGAUACUCGCAGAACCAGAUCCUUGUCUGGAAAUACCCCUCGUUAACUCAAGUAGCAAAGCUAACAGGGCACUCAUACAGAGUGCUGUAUCUGGCAAUGUCCCCUGAUGGGGAAGCCAUAGUUACAGGAGCUGGAGAUGAAACCUUGCGCUUCUGGAACGUCUUCAGUAAAACUCGCUCGACGAAGGAAUCUGUGUCCGUUCUCAACCUCUUCACCAGGAUACGAUAAACCCCACUUACUGAGACCCAGGAGACCAGAGCCUGACACACCAGGAUAAAGCCACUGCCUUGGUGCUCAUGCAACCCCAACCAAUCAGCCAAGAGGAGAGAGGUCGGAGGAUGGACCCAAUGGAUGCUAAUUAAAUAUGUGCUUGUGAACCACGCUGGGCAGUAUUUGGGAUGGGGUCGGGGAGGGAACUCCAGUGGUUUACAGAUUCAUCUGUCAUAAAGGGAAACUGGUACAAGAGCAGUGUUAAACCAACAUCCUCCAACCCUUAUGUUGUGCAUUGGAGAAAACACACGACACGGACCAUUGAGACUGGACCAAGGCUAUCCCAGCUGCUGUCUCUGUCCUCUCUUAGGAGAGAUGAGUAUCCUUGCCUCUGUGGGAAUGGGUUUAAGGUGCUGCCCUGGGUUCCUGUGUCCUCGCAUGGACAUCUUUGGAAGUAGGGGCCAGACUCCAGGCUGGGUGUGAGCCUCUCCGAUUACCUAAGGGCAUUGGUUAUAGCCUAGCAUCCCCGUGACAUAAAGAAAAUGAAGAACAGCUUAUUUUCCUUUUUUUUUUAAUUUUGGAGAGGUACUGUAGUGUUUGAUACAGUCAUUCCCUAGGACAGCUUGAUUUGUGGCAUGCGUGACAGCUGCCUGCAAACAAAGACAUUUCUGGGCUCUGAACUUUGGAGGAGACUUCAAAUAGUCUCCACCUCCGAGCGAGUGCGUUCAGAAAGUUCUGAAAUUGUUGUUGCAUGUUCUGGGCUGAUUCUUUUAGUUAACAGGAAAAACAAUGGCUUUAGAAAAAAAAAACAAACCACCAACAGCCACCAACCACCGUCUGUGUGGACCUUCCUACAGUGCCAUUUGUGGCAGGCUGGUUGCUCUGGAGUCUUCCUGAGGACAAAAGCAGUUGAGAUGCGUUUGAGAAACAAACAACUCAUGUGGAUCUGGUUUUUUUGGAGAGAGCAUGGCCUCUUCUGGCUCAAGGAGGGAAAUGCCAUAUCGGGGUGAGAGGAGUUUUUUUUGUAAAGCAAGGAAAAAGUGUUGCUCUUUUUUAUCUCCAAGUCCCAGACAGGGACCUGUGGUUGAUUUGUGUUCUGAAUUUUUUUUUUUUUCAAGGUGUAUGGGAAGAGAAUGCCUGCUUGUGUGUUUGGGGCCUGUGUGACGAGUGCCGUGGGAUGCGAUGCAAAGCAUCUCUGUGUUGCUUUUAACUUAAAGUGAAGCUGUUAGGCUUGCAGCAGCCUGUUCCUGUCUGACUCUAUAUGUGCCAAUGCUCUCCCUGCCGUGCACCUGCCUCCUGCCCUCCCCAGUGCACAGGGCUGGGAGCGCUGUUUCGUGUCCUUGUUUAGGUUUUCCUGGCUGUGUAUAUAAACCUCGACCUGUAGAGUGUGUAGGCAAUACUUGUUUGUCUUUUUUCCCUUUAUUUUCUUCUUUCCCUGAAGCCACGCUAUAGGGAUAGUGGUAGGAAUGCAACUGUCCCUCCCCGGUGCCACUGGUAUCUGUAGGGUGAGCUGCUGCAGUGGGGGAAGGCUGGUACAGAGAAGGGCAGCGCGAUGCCAUUCUCUUCACAGCCUUGGCCACAUGUGCCAUUACCUGGGCCAGGCGCAUGGUGUGGCCUUUGCCCAGCACGCGUACUCAAAGGCAGGCAUGCGGAGCUCAUGGGCAGGAGCUGGCAGCUCCAGAGUCUCCAGAGCCCAAAGUGCAGCCACUCUGUAGACUUCCAGCCUUGCUAGCCUCCAAAAUGUAAUUUCAAUGUAAUUUCUGGAACUUGGUUUCAACACAACUAUUUGAGUGUAGUUUUUGCUGCGGGAGCACAGGGCUUGGGGUUAAAAAUCAUCCGAUAGCCUCCCAGCCCCUCUCUUGUUUGUGAUUUCACUGGCACUAUUGAAUUCAGUGGAAGGAACACCACAGCACACAGAGGAGCUGUUAGCGUUAGGUCUGAUGGUGAAGGUGGUGAGCAGGUUUGCAGCAAGACUUGGCGUCAGGGGUGUUAGCCUGGGGUUAGGGGGUCAGUAAUGCUGGUGCGCAUUCUCUUUUCUGUUCUGGAUCACCUCCGCACAUGCAGACCCCAGGAGACACUGGUUUCUCAUCCAGGAAGGCGUAGGUGGUUGGGGUGGGGGACACAAGCAGUCUCAGCCAUGGGGUGUUCAUGCUGGUUUGUGCCCACUCUAGAGCAGGAGGAAGGAGCCGGAAUGUGGGGUGCACAGGCUGAGCACAGCGUGACAGGGACUUCUGCAGCCCUGGGACUCGUGCAGGGAUGGCAAGAGGGGCGGUGGGUUUGCCUCCUGCCCUGUGAUGUGGCUGCGUUCCCUGGACUCCCGGGCAAUGCUGGGGUGGUGGGCAGCCCUGUCCAGGCUCGUGGCCUGUGCUGCAUUCCCAGCUCAGUGCUCUCGGCUCUCCCAACAUCCAGCUGUGUCCCAGGAUGCUGCACGGGGGACACACCCCCUUGUUGCUCUUUCCCGACAUCAUGCUCCUCGCUUGCCAGGGACUUUCACAAACCACAUCUCACUUUUCUUGCUUUGGAGCUGCCUUGAGAGCAGGUUGGCGUGUGGUGGCUUCUCUCACAGUGCUUGGCAGGGAGGGCCAGUGAUUUCCAGGCAAUGGCUGGUCUGCAGCUGAGCCCGCUGGCUGAGAAAGAGUGGCUCUGAUUGACUUCACUAUUGAAGCAUGGUACAAACUCCUCCCCCCACCCACUCGGAGUUCUUGGCAGUGCUCCCUGCAGCUCUCCGGUGGCAGCAGAGUGGGUGCGUGCCUUGGCGGGGGCAGGCAUGCAGUGCAAUGCCGUCAGCGGGCUGGAGAUAAAUGGGGAAAAGAGCAAAGCUGAUGGCAUCUUGUGACUGCGGGGUGCGAUCGGUGAGUGCUGAGCCGUGUGGGUGGGGCAAAGGGUCCUCCCCAGGCCUGGGCGAUAACAUCUGCAGCCUUGUUGGCAUUGUUAUAUAUCAUACGGCCAGGGAAAACAGAGCUCAUUGUACUUUUCCAUGUAAAGCAAUCUAACUGGCAUUAAAUAUGUUGUGAAU